UUUACAGACGCUGACCAUGUUGAAGAUUCAAAAUGUACGUUAAAUUAAAUAUAUGUUAAAUUAAAACAAAUAGUAGGGAAAAUUCGGAGCUUUGUCGUAUUGCCAAUAUAAACACGUUCUGUUUUACGGUAUUGUUUAAAAUGACAAAGAAUGAGUUCCUUUUUAUUUGUUAAAAUUGUGAAAUAGAUUUGUGCACGGAACGGCAGUGACGUCAUGAGACUGUCAUUUAAUCGUGUAAAUAAAAUAAAACUUGUAUUUAAAAAUUAUCCCGCGGCGACAAACGUCGCGUUGAUCAGUGAUUUCGUUGCUUAUUGAAUAAUCAGUCACUUGAAACGGAAUCAUCGAGAAAUAGCCGCAAGAUGAGCAAAUUGUGCAAACAAGUGUCGAUCGAGUCUCCCGGACCGACCAUAAAGGAAUGUGUCUUUAGCUUUGACGUGCCAGUACCAGACGUGCCCCUCUACGGAGCUAGGAUUAGAGUUGUGUACGCUGGAGCGUGUUACCGGGCUAACAGAACAAGAUCGACUUCAGUGUGCAGUACUUCUUCUGUGUCUUCCAUAGGCAGCUUUACUGGGGAGAUGGAUGGUUACGCUCAUACCACGAUUCCCGCCCAUAUCGGCAUAAGAGACGGUGCGUUAUUCCCUGGCUAUGAAGUUGCGGGCAUUAUUGACGCCAUAGGAAAGGCUGCCGAACGUACUGAUGAACUCAAGGAAGGAGCAAGAAUCGUUCUGUACCCUUACGAAGGGGUACCGCAUGGUUAUGCCGAAUAUAUAGUGGUGCCCGACUUCAAAUGUUUGGUGCCGAUACCGGAUCAAUUGCCAUUAAGCAUAGCCGCUAUGCUACCGACUGGCGCUUUGUUGGCCAUGAAUACAGUAGUAUCGGCCAGUGAAUGUUUAAAGGUGGCUUUAGAAGGACCUGCAAAGAAGGACAAAACGACUGUCCUAAUUGUAGGAACUGGAGGCUUAGCCUUGUGGGCUCUACGCCUUGCCACGUACUAUUUCAAGCGCGAAGAGUACAAUGAUCGCAUUAGUAUAGCUGUAGCUACGCUUAAGGAUGAAGGAUUUUUAUUGGCGAAGGAGUGUGAGGAGGUCAACGUCGUGCAAUGGAACGAAGAUUUGUAUGAGAAACAGUUGAUAGAACGUACUACAGACGCGUGCGGUGGACCGGUCGAUGUGGUACUCAACUUUGGCACCACUUCUCGAUCUUUGCACCGUUCACUGCAGUGCUUGGCCCCUGAAGGUGUGGUCCUCGUGACCGAAGAUGUAGGCGAGAGACUCCUGUCCAAGUUCGCGAAGAAGGCUGAAGAUCUCAGCGUCAGUGUUGUGGUUGUGCCCAACGGGACCAUCGAACAGCUGAAAGAACUGGUGUCACUAGUCGCACGCGGGGAUAUCGAACCCCCUCCGCACUCGGUGUACCCAGCUGAGGAGGCAGCAGAGGUCGUGCGAAAACUUUGUAAUUCAGAAAUAAAGGGACGAGCCAUAUUGAAAUUUCACAACGUGGAGUAAGCCGUCAACUAAAUUAAUAUAAGUUACUACUUGUUAAUGAUUGUGAUUGUUAUUUGGUACGCGUAAAACAUUGAGUAUAAGACGUAGUUGGUGUAUUUUGUGGGUUCCGUCGCGUAACAAACAGGUGGUAAGCACGCUCGAUGCGAUGUAUAGAAAUAUAUCGUUAACAUUAAACUACUGUCACCAAAAAUAUAUUCAUUAUUUCUCGACUGUGUAUUCUACUGUAAAGAAAUGUGAAUAAACAUAAUUAACAUAGAUGUUGAUUAAAAAUAAUAAUUAUGAGUAAUGUAUGUGUUACUCAUAAAAAAAUUGUUUUAAAAUAUUAAUAGACUUUACUAAAAGAAAUAUUUAAAGUCAAUUUUAUAUUGCCUUUGAUUUAAAAAAAAAUGUGUUUCGGAAAUGAGUACUGUUUAAAUGGUAGUGUUUACAAAAUUACUCAUGCCAAUCAAAAUAUUGUAGUUUAUGUGACUUACAAUUUGAUUGUAUAUGCAUAAUAUAUUCUCAUGAUGUGAUGUAAAAACUUUCAAAUGAAAAAAAAAAGUUCUACCUCAAAGUAAAAUCUAAAAAUAAUGUAUUAUAAUAAAAAUUAAUAGUUUUAAUACUUUAGAUUCACAAAUAGUAAACGAUAAUUUAGAUUAGAAAGUUGCAGUAGAGUAAUCCUGUGUUUUAUAUAUAAAAUAUAAAAAAAUAAAAUUAUUAAAAAAAAACUUUGUAAGAGCUUUGUUCGAUUGUCAUAAUAAUAUCCAUUUAUAAUAAACUAUAAUUAAAAUAAGUAUUAGAGUCCAAAAAAUUAUUAGUUGUUGUUUCUUAGAUUUUUUGCUUUAUCUUUUUUUCCAAAAAGAGGUUAUAUUUUAGAAUUAUCUAGUAUUAACGUAUAAUGAUGUUAGAAAAAUAAGAAUGAAUAAUAAUUUUCAUAAAUAUUCAUAAGUUUUUAUUCUGUUUUAAAUAUAUAAAGCUAUUAAUAACAAAAAAAUAUAAAUUAUUAGUUUUAUGAGUAAUUUUAGAUUAAAUGUUUUAUUUUAUUCAGACAUCUCAUUAUGCCAAAAAUGUAAUAUAAUAUUGUGGAUAACUGUAUGUUUUUGACAUCUAUGUUUGGAUAUAUUCUCUAUAACUUUUCAGUGUGCCAUUAACUUAACGUCUAUUGACCUUAUCAAUUGACGGAGCUCUAAAUAGAGUACGUGUGCUUCUUAUAUUGUUACGAUGAUAAAUGUUUGCUUAGUAAUAUUAUUCAAUGUCACACAAAAAACUUGAAUUCUAUAAAUUUUAAAAUAAUAACUGACGUAUACCCCUAAAAUUUAACUUUUAAAGUAUUAUAGUAAAUGCGUAUAUGUUACGUGACGACAUAACGACUUUGACGAAAGCCUUUUAAAAACAGUUUAAUAGUCAUUGAUAAGUAGAAAUGAAUCACUGUCGGGCGUCAAUAACAAUCAUGACGUCGAGACGUGAGAAGCUAAAAGUUUUAUAAAUGUGUUAUUCUCUCGUUGAAUUUUUAUAUGUUUAGCACGCUUCGCUCUCAACUAUGAUAAUUGUCGGUGUAGCCUUCUAAGGCGGUUCGUUAGAAGAUAGUGGCCCACUGAGUUUCGCGCCGGAUCUUCUCAGUGGCUCGCGAUUCCGAGGCGGUGCUAGAUUCUGUGAGGCAUUGCUCUUGUUAGGGCUAGUGUUAGUAAAUUGUUUCAGAAGCCCGUGAUUUCACCAACCCAUGAGACAGACCCAGACAUAAUUAAAAAACACUUCGGAAAACUAUAUCUCCCUGCAGGAAAAGGUCCUUGUCUAUCUUUUCACAUAUAUAGCUCUAUUUUUCUCUCUCUUUGAUCGUCUCUUUGAUCGAUAUCCUCGCCGAAGCACUAAAUUAAAAAAGCAGAAAAUUCGAUACCCUAUUAUAUUGACAUACAUCAUCUCUAAGAAAUAGUUAAAGGUUGAAAAAAGCUUUCGGUAUAUUUAAAAACAAAUAGGUUUGAGAGCUAAUAUCUCUAAGUAUGUAUUCCUUAAGAAAAAAGAUGUAUUUACAGGCGAAUAAAAGUGGAAAAGCCAAAAUAUAAAGCUAAGGAUUGUGUUUAAAAGUACUUUUCUCAGCAGUAGCAGUCUUAUUUGUAUAUUAUUCAUAUUAUUCCAUUGGACAGCGCUAUUGAGGAAGGCGUAAUCUAAAUCGAUCGUGUAUUCGUGAAAUAUAGGUAGUCUUUUUUUGUGGCUUAAGCGAAUAUUCCAAAAAUGAGUUGAAAUAAUUUCGCUAUAUCCCCGGGGGACAUAUUCAUGUCGUCGGUUUUUGCCUUUGCCACUGUUACAUGGUACUGUUACAUAUUUUACAGGUUCAUAAGGAAAACACAAAGUAGCAAUAAAAAAAAAGCGAUUGAUUUAUAAAUAUUCUAUUUUCAUCGGUACAAAAUUAAAUGCCUUAAAAUAAUCUCCUAAAUGUUUCACACCUUUGAAAAGAGAUAUUUUACUUUUUAAAAUAGUAUUUUUUCUAAAAUUAAACAAAAUAUUUAAUCUAAGUAGCAUUAAUUAAGCAUAACUUAAAAAAUACAAAAAAAAUGAAAACAUUGAAAUAAUUGUUAAUUUUUACACUGUAAAAGUAUUGCUAUUUUUUUAUUGAUAUGUCCCUACACGCGGCAACGGUGUCUAUUCUAGUAUGAACAAUUAUACUGGACGGCUCUAUGUCGAUCGGUGGACAGGCCAUUGGUUUUUCCAAGAGUUCAAAGUUCAAAUAUCUGGAUUAACGCACGAUGAUGAAGAUGUGCUUGCAUUUUUGAACUUGAUUGUUUGCUCGAAAGGGUGGACUAGACUAGUGUAUACACUGAAAAGCCCCACCAGUACGUUGACCUGUGUCUUGGCCGAUGAUAGCGUUAGAGCUAGACUCGUCCAACACCAGUGAAAAUGGACUACGUGGAAGGUCACGGGACUCUGGUCGAGGAUGUAGUUUGCGCCAACCUCGACAUGAUAUCGCGUUUUGUUACGUGUCUGCCGUCCAUUAACUUACGAAUCUUGAAAAUGUAUUUACCGCCAAUUAAAUGUGCAAACGAAAUAAUUUGCAAUAUGUGAUGAUACAUUGUUGCCGUAUGUAGCGCCCAUAUCUGAACUGUACGAGUAGACUUUCAUAUUUAAUUUUGGUGAAAACUUAUACUGUCGGAGAUAAGUGCUCAUUUUUAAAGCGAAAAAUGGAGCGUAUCAUUUUUUUCUAAUAAAUAUUUUGUCAAAGAAAAUUAAUUUUUAAACAGAAGUAAUUCGUAAAAGUCACUGUCUAUUUUUUUUAGAAUAUGCAUAAUAUCGUGAUUGUGAUUUUCAAUGUGUUGUGAUUAUUGUUUUAUGAAAUAUAUUAUUAUUAUUAUGAUAAUAGUGUUUGUAUUACUCGAUUAUAUUCUUGUGUUACAUCAAAGAAUAUAAAGUAUUGACGUCAUGACUUGAAUUGUAAUUGUUAAACGAGAAAGAUCAACAUUUGAAUAGGUACCCAUUGAUUAUUGUAAUAGGAUGUAAAGUUAAUAAUUCAUGUGAUUGCGCACAACAUAGCAUCAAUACAGGCGACCUAGUUUUUAACUGAAUUCCAAUAAACGAAUCUGUAAUUUAUUACGAGUGUGGACAAAGCCAACGCGCUCUAGAUGUUCUAGCAAGGUUUCACUGGCCUUAUGUAAUGUUAUCUUUCAACGUCGUUUUCACGGACUUGAAUACGUCCGAAUAACAUUAAAACUUCAAACCACAAACGCAUCAAUGACUAAUGACAAUAUAAUAAUUUUAUUACUUCUCUCUAAUGUUCUGACCGGUGUCGACAGGAUAAAAAAAUGAAAAUAAUUGGUAUUUUGUUUAGUUUAUAAGCUAUGUUGUUAUUUAUUGUAUUAGAAAACCAAUAACAAAACACUAAAAAAGUACGCACUAAUAAAAAAAAAUCAAUAAAAUUUUAUAAAAGUCAUUCAAGUGUUAAAUAAACAAGUGGAACUAAAUAAAUUUUAAUAAUUCUGACAAUUUUAUCCGGUAUUUAGGUAUAUUAAUAACAAUGCAUGACGUCACAUGUGGUUAAUCGUUGUAAAUUAAAUUAGUAUAUUAUCUAUAUGGUUAUAUCGUCAUGUGCUUGGCGUGGUACGAGUACAUGUUACGGUGCGCUUUCGGUGUUCAUUUCAAAUUCAAUUAUUUCUCUUAGUUUAAUUGUGGUUAACGGAGCCACUGCUACCCAUCGGACAUGGAGUCUGUAGUAAAGUAAGUGUCGAUUGUAAAGUAUGGGUUGCCCCACCCUUAAAACCAGUGUGAUUAGUGCGAGUUUUUUAACGUUCUCAAUAGCGUAAAAGUUAACUCACAGUUGUAUGCAGUUGGAACAGCGCCCCUAGCGGCAAACGUAAGCAAACGUUCGAUCGCGAUACAAAGUUAACUUUUACGCUAUCGAGAACGUUAAAAACUCGCACUACGCACACAUAACGCAUGACUAUACCGCCUAUACUGGUGGUAGAAACGAGUAUGGGCUUACGGCGCCCCCUAGCAUUAGUAGUUACGCAAAUUAUAUUUUCUGCGUUUUUGUAUUUUACACAAUGUUAUUCCUUCGUCGUGGAAGCCUUCGUGAACAUGAGUUCAGUGCGUACUUCACUAUAACAAUUGGUACCUUGCUGCGGUAUUUGAUCACCGGCACAUUCGCAUCGCUCGAUAUCACUACACCGGCGGUCUUAUUUUUUAUACUCCAAAAUUGUCAAAUAAGUUUACUUUCGAAAGUAUUAAAGUUAACCUAAGAUUUAUAAUAUUUGUUUUAUUACUUUAAUAAUGUAACCUAUUUUAAUAAUGUGAUGUGAAUUUAAAUAAAAUCAUUUAUCGUUA